ACCAGACGAGUUGCAAUCAGAGAUGGAGGAGGAAGGAGAAGGAGAACAUAGUGUAUCAAUACCAGACGAGUUGCAAUCAGAGAUGGAGGAGGAAGGAGAAGGAGAACAUAGUGUAUCAAUACCAGACGAGUUGCAAUCAGAGAUGGAGGAGGAAGGAGAAGGAGAACAUAGUGUAUCAAUACCAGACGAGUUGCAAUCAGAGAUGGAGGAGGAAGGAGAAGGAGAACAUAGUGUAUCAAUACCAGACGAGUUGCAAUCAGAGAUGGAGGAGGAAGGAGAAGGAGAACAUAGUGUAUUAAUACCAGACGAGUUGCAAUCAGAGAUGGAGGAGGAAGGAGAAGGAGAACAUAGUGUAUCAAUACCAGACGAGUUGCAAUCAGAGAUGGAGGAGGAAGGAGAAGGAGAACAUAGUGUAUUAAUACCAGACGAGUUGCAAUCAGAGAUCGAGGAGGAAGGAGAAGGAGAACAUAGUGUAUCAAUACCAGACGAGUUGCAAUCAGAGAUCGAGGAGGAAGGAGAAGGAGAACAUAGUGCAUCAAUACCAGUACCAAAUGAGUCACAGUUAGAGAAACCAACUCAUCUUCUUGAUCUUCAACGCAAAGUCAUCCUCACUACAUCUAAUUCCAAGAAUAAAAGCAAUGAAGCUGCCGACAUGAAAUGGAGUCAGAAGCUUCUUCAAAAAAUAAAGAUAUGGAGUCGGAAGCUUCUUCAAAAAAUAACGAAUUGGAAAUGGAAGCUUUAUUAUAAAAUAAUGAAAUGGAUUGGGAAGAAAUCAAAGCGAUAUGUCGUACCGUUCACAUACAGGAACAUACAAGAUCUAAAAGCUGUAGGAAUAAGACUUAAGACAAGCAUGACACAAAGGCCAAGAGACAUAGAUUUCUGCGGAGGAUGGUUCGCUGCAGAACUGACUCUUCCUAUGAUCAUUGUGACCAACGGUUCAGCCCAUAUGUUCCUCAACCUGAUAGCAUAUGAGAUGUGUCCAGAUUUUGAGAACGAUUACGAAAUUUGUUCUUUUCUAGCUUUCAUGGACUCGCUCAUCGACCAUCCUGAAGACGUGAAGGAAUUGAGAUCAAAUGGGAUUUUGCUCAAUAAACUUGGGAGUGAUGAGGAAGUUGCCCAUCUUUUCAAUAUCAUAAGUACUGACUUGGUACGAAACACAUACAUAUACCAUGACGUUAAAUGGAAAAUAAAUGAUCAUUACUGUAAUAAAUACAAGACUUGGAUAGCGCAGGGUUUUCACACUUACUUCAACAGUCCUUGGGCCAUUAUUGCAUUCAUUGCUGCGGUUGUCGUCCUUGUUCUUACUUUCAUUCAGACAUGGUUUACAAUUCACCCGACUAGCAAAUAAAAGUGAUUCGUUAUGACAAUGUUGUUUUCAUUAUGGCACUCAACACUUCUCUGUGGAUUGUGUUGAAUUUUUUUAAUGAAAUUUUUUUAGGUUAAGUUUGCGUGUACGUUUUAGCUAUGAGUAUUUCAAAAAGAAAGAGUGCCUUUAUAUUUC